AUGGACAGAAAUUACCGCGUCGUUCGAACAGUGGAGACUGUCGGCGCUGCAACCCAGAUGGACAUGCAUGAGUUUCGAUUGAUUGAUGGCGGCAAGCGAGCACUGGUCACAAUCUACCAGCCCCGACAAUACGAUUUGGGUGCCUACGGUCUCGGUCCUGGCCUUGGCUGGAUUCUUGAUAGCUUAUUCCAAGAGAUCGACGUGGAGUCGGGAGAGCUGCUUUUCGAGGGGCGUGCGCUGGACCACAUUGCCCCGAGUUUCUCGUACACGUGCAUCGACUGCACCGAUACAAGCGGAAACGAAAUGACAAGAGACACACCGUGGGAUUUUUUCCACAUCAAUUCGAUCGACAAGAAUACCGACGGCGACUGCUUGAUCUCUGCUCGACAUGUGGGCGCGGUUUACAAUAUCUCAGGCGUGACCGGCCAUGUGGUCUGGCAGCUCAACGGCGCAAACCCGACUUUUAAGAACGUCAACCUGCACUUCUCAAGCCAACAUCAUGCAUUGUUUUUCAAAGAGAACGCGACACACACAUUGAUUAGCUUGUUUGUCAACGCAAGCAAUACCUUCAACAUCACGAACCAAGAGUCGCGUGGCAUGCUCAUUGGUAUCAACCAUGUAGAACACACUGCCAGUAAGCUUCAAGAGUAG